GCCCUCGAAUUGUGACGGCUUUCCGCUGUGUGUGCGAGGCGCGCCGCGGUCUUGAAUAUCCAUGCCGCCUGCUGGAAGACGUAUCGGAGAUGACUUCGUGGACGACUCAGACUCGGAUGUUUCCAUCACUGGACUAGACGACGAUACAACUCGCUCUAAAGCAAAGGGGAGGGCAAAGGCCAUUGACAGGAAGAAGAAGGAUAAGGGGAAAGGGAAAGCAAAAGAUCAAGCGUAUGCUUGGGAAGCAACGUACACCCGUUCAUGGGACACGGUACAAGAAGAUGAAGCGGGGAGGCUGGAGGGUGCAGUGCAGAAUUUGAUCGCUCGAGGUCGAAGGAGGCGGCUUCUUGCACCUGCUGCAGCCAUCCGACGUACAAUAAUCCGUCACCUUGUACUUGUGCUCGACUUAUCAUCAGCAAUGAUGGACCGCGACAUGCGCCCUACGCGGUUUGAUCUCAUGCUUCAGUACGCCCGCGAGUUCGUUACGGAAUGGUUCGAUCAGAACCCUCUGGGCCAAAUAGGUAUUGUAGGGAUGAGAGGAGGGCUCGGGGAGCGAAUAGGCGAGAUGUCUGGGAACCCUCAAGAUGUCCUGAAAGCGAUACUGGAGCGUCAUAAGCUUCUGCCUAAUGGCGAACCAAGUCUACAAAACGCUGUCGAGAUGGCGCGAAGCAGUAUGAGCCAUUUGCCGACGCAGUCUUCCAGAGAGAUCGUUGUCAUCUUCGGGUCUCUCACAACAUGCGACCCUGGAAACAUACACGAUACGCUCGACGAGUGCGUGAAAGACCGCAUCCGCAUAUCUAUAGUCGCUCUUGCGGCGGAGAUGAAAGUAUGCCGAGAGCUCUGCGAUAAAACAGGCGGUCAGUUCGGUGUUGCGAUGAACGAGGGCCACUUUAAAGACCUCCUAUUCGAGCUUAUCCCGCCCCCAGCUCAACGCGCGGUAGCGCGCACAGGAGGCGGCACGGCCGCGGACCUGAUGAUCAUGGGCUUCCCGAUGCGACUCCCAGAUACGUCCCCACCCUCGCUCUGCGUAUGCCACUCGCAGAUGAAGAGCGAGGGCUUCCUAUGCCCACGCUGCCUUGCGAAAGUGUGCGACGUCCCGACGGAUUGCGAUAUCUGUGGACUAAUGAUCGUGAGCUCGCCGCACCUUGCGCGAAGCUACCACCACCUGUUUCCAGUGAAAUCUUACUCCGCCGUGACGACACUGGACGAUACCCCGGAACCGAGCAAGCGAUGUCACGGGUGCGCCGUUGCGUUCAAGGAGACGCCUUCGACCAUGUUGGGCGCGUCUGGCGAGGGCAUGAGUCCCUAUGGUCGAUACCGUUGUUUGGAGUGUCAUAGCGACUUCUGUGCGGACUGCGACGUGUUUGUGCACGACGUCGUCCACUGUUGCCCAGGCUGUGGGAAAUAAACUCCGUGAAGCCUCGUCGCUCUCUAUCUGAUCGCACACACGUUCUAGAAAUGUCCUUUCGCGCUCUCGGCUCGGCUCGUCCAUCAUGCAGCCAAGGUCAAUCGUACAACACCCUGGAUUCUGCGAGAAUUCGAAGUGUAACAUUCGGUAGCUUUACUGAGGAAGCACCCAUUCC